AUGGAGAAAACGGUCGUUUUUGUUUUAUCAUUAUGCGCUUUUACGGCUGGAAGCGCUAUAAAACCAACUGAAGAUAAUCCUCCACCAGGCUUCUUCCAUGCUCAUCAGUGGAGCGGACUGACACGGAGCGGCGAACAACAUGGGGUAUUUAGCGGGGCAAGUGCGGCUAUCGGGGGAAACGAAGCUAGUGGUGGCGAAGCCAUCUCCCUGGCCGCUGUAGAUGAUGGAAGUAACAAGAAACCGGCGGUAGCACCCACUAGCAUCGUUGGUUUAGAAAGUCGCUUUGGUGGUUACAAUGAUGGAGCAAGUUCCCAAGCUUCAAGUAGUUCCUCAUCAUCAAGUUCUAGUGGACAAGGAAGCUCUUCUGCCAGAUCUAAUUCGAACUCUGGCGGUUACGGCGGUCAGUCUUCUGCACAAUCUAAAUCGCAGUCAUCUAGUGGUUUCAGAGGACAAGCGACAUCUGGAUCUGAUGCUCAAUCAUCACUUACUUUUGAUAAGUAUUCAUCUGGACACCAUUCUGGUGGGUAUGGUGGUGGAUAUAAUGGUGGCUACGGCUCCUAUAAUCAAGGUUCAUCCAAUUUUGAUAAGCAGUCCUCUAUGGGAAUCAACGACCAAUCGGGUGACUUUGGCCAAUCGAACUCUCAGUCAUCGGGUUUUGAUAGUCAUUUUUCUGGAGGAAACGAUGGUAAUUAUGGCGGUGGACAUAGAGGGCAUUAUCACGACCAGGGAUCGUCAAGGUAUCAAGAGGGUUCAUUGGGGGGAUCAAACAGUCAAUCAGGUAAAUUUGGUAGACAAUCAACAUAUGGAUCGAAUGGUGACUCAUCAAGUAAUUUCAAUGGUCAAUCGUCUGGAGGUUAUGGUGGUAACUUCAAAGAGAACUAUCAUCAGGGCUCCUUUGGUAAUCGUCAAAAACCUGUACCUAGCUUUAAUGGACAAUCCGCAGCAGGAUCUAAUGCUCAGUCUAGCGGUUUUGGAGCGGAUCAAUUUUCAGCUGGAUCAGGACAGUCUUCAGAAUCUAACUCGCAGUCGUCUAUUGGCAGCGGUUUCACUUCUCAGUCUUCAAAUGAUUAUGACGGCCAUUCCUCUAAUGGUGGUGGUAAUUUUGGUGGUAAGGGUGGUCGUGGGUCCUCUCACCGUAACAAUAAUUUCGCGUACCAAGAAUUCCAAUCUUCCCAAAGGGGUAAACUUGAUGCGAUUGGUCACAUAAAUUCAGAGUCUUCCAGUCAUGGUUUGACGGGAACUCAAGAGCAAUCCAAACAAUAUGGAGAGAGCCAACAGCAAUCAGCUGGAUUCGGAAGUGGAUCAGCUUCUUCAGGUUUAUCCGCAGGAGUUGCUUCAGGUCCACAAUAUACAGGUGGAUUUGAUAAUAACUCUAACGGAUACGGCUAUUAUAGGUCGAAAUCAGCUUUAAAAGAUGCUGUAAACCUGGCUAACCAAGGGAUAGAAGCAGCUGGACAAAAGCCAGGUUGCAGCACGUGUGGAAAGGGUAGCUAUGCCCUGAGUAAUGCAAGGAGUCACACCGGAAAUGCUGUAGCCGUGUCAGUAAGCGGUUAA